UGAAUUUCCAUGUGGUGUAACAUCUCACAAGGCAGAACAGUUUAUAUUUGAUGUGGAUUUCACAUUGAUGUCUUCAUUCUUGUAUGUUUUUACAGUAGUUACCUUUCCUCUUGAGCUCAACCCUCCCAGAGUGGUGGUGAGAUAUGGAGACUCAGUCUCAGUCAACUGCAGCACAUCAUCCACAGACCAUGAGGGAAUGGGCUGGGAGGCCACAUUCGGAGGUACAGGUUUUGAACAAGAUGUCAACGUUGUCACCUGGACUGUGGAUAAACUUACUGAUUGGACAAUAGAACCUAAAUGCUACAUCACUCUCAAUGAUGGCAAACAAUCCUCAAAAGUACUUCCAGUCAUUCUCUACAGUGAGUAUUUUCCUCCUUGUGAAUGUGAAAGACUCCAGACAGAGUACCAGCUGCAGUGUGACAUACAGAACAUCGCUCCUCUACAGAACCUGGUUGUGAAGUGGUACAAAGGAAAUGAACCCUUAGAUAAUGUAACUUACAGUAACGUCAAUAAGACACCAGUGGAUGUGUCAGAUACUCUGAUGAUCAGCCCCAAUAGAGAUGAUGAUGGAGCUCAGUAUAGAUGUAGAGCAGAACUGGACCUGGGACCAGAGGGACCACAACCCCAUCCUACAGUAACAUCAGAACCUCUCGACAUUACUGUGCACUAUGCUCCUAAGUUCCUUCUUGGGAAUGACACAGUGGAGGUGAGUGCAGGCAGUGAUGUGUCUCUGAACUGCAGUGCUGAAGGGAACCCUCCUCCUGAGAUGAAGUGGAACUACACCGCUGCACGCAAUGUGAAGUUGUCCACUGAGGGGGGCCAGAGGACUAUUAGAAUCACCACAGCCACGUCUACCAACGCUGGGAUCUACAUCUGCACUGCCACGAAUAGAAUGACCCCACAAUUAUAA